CGCAGUUCAACACCCCAUCCCUCCACGAACAUAGAAAAGCUAGGUCAAUAUGAGCUCUGUCUUGAAGGGAGUCCGUUGUCCCGUCGCCGUGGCACUUGUCGCUCUGAUCGUUAUCCUUUCCUCCCAAAGAUGCCUAUCCUUUGGACUCGGAAAGGUCUUCUCGAGAUUCGGAUCAUCUUCCCCUUCCUUGUCCGUGCCAGGUAUCGGAGAAAAGAAUAAAAUAACCGAGCAGGUCCAAACUGCAAAGAAAGAAUUGAUAGAGACUAUAUCCAACACGAAUAAUGGCAAGGAAUCGUCGCUCGACACUCAAAUAAGGGUUCUAGGCCUCAUUGAUUAUUUGGAAACCAAUGCACCCGUGAGUGAAUCUCUUUUGACCGAUAAAACCGAAUCCGACGCUAUUGACGGGGUUUGGUACCUCCAAUACACACAGCCUUCGGAACCCGAAGGAGUCGAUAUGGAAAACGAUAUCAAGCCGUGGACACCGGAAGAAACCGCAAUCACCAAGGAAUUCGAAAAGAGCAUACAGGUUAAGAACAGUGGUUCCGUGAGCUUUCUGGGUUUGUUGAAUGUUGACACUUCCAAAAGACUUACAACACAGACCAUCGGAGUCGAAAAGAAAUUGUUUGCCAACGCUGUCGAACAAGAUUUUGGAACCAUCGAGGUGAAGGGAUUUUUUGAGAUUGAUUCCGUACCAAAUCGUAUCAUCGCUUCCUUCGAAAACGGGACACUCACCCUAAAGAGUGGCUUCGUGAUUGACUUCAGUUUUCUCUUUGCCUUACGAUCGUAUUUAAACGGUGGACUCAAGGCCGGUGGAUGGCUCGAAACGACAUACAUCGACAAGGACAUUCGAAUCGGAAGAGGGAACAGAGGAAGUCUUUUCAUUCUGUCGCGAGACGAAGACACAAUUGUCCCCUGAAUAAUUACGAAUAAACCAUUAUAUAUUCU